UUGUUGGAGCCCAAGCUAAACAACGCAGAAGGAAGAGAAAAGGAAAGGAUGGUCAAGAAGAGGAUGGAUCCGAGUCAGAGACUCCCGCCCGCGAAUCUGUCGUUCGCUCCGUCCGAGGUUCGGUACCUCCUAUCGUCGCAACGUCUUGGCAAGACUCGUACGAUGCCACCGUUGAUGGCCCCAUGUCAACUGAUCAGCCGGAAGAUCACUUCGCUGAUGAGUAUGCCAUCGACGAAUCUCAAGCCCACCCUAGCCAAUCUUCGUUCUCGAUUGGGGGAAUGAUGGGAAGACUCGUUAACCUGAGUGUUCGAGUCUUUGCCUCCAUUCUCACAUAUGCUAUUGGAAGUGCAUCAACAGUUGUUGUUAUCCUCGUUCGCUUUAUUGUCUCGUUAUUCGACUAUCUCUUGGUUCGACCAGCUUCGUUCGUGUCCGGUGGUGCAAACAAAAUAUUUGGGUCUGACUGGUCUUGGGUUGGAAGGGCCAUCUUUCUCGGUAUGAUGGUCUGGCUGUUCCUCAAUUCUCUUUAUGGUACUGGACAAUCCACCUCUGGGGGUUCUAGCUGGAUCCCAUGGAAGCCAACUCGUCCCCCUCCGAUCGACUACUCUGCUCCUGGUGCUUCCUCAGCAGCCCUCGCAGAUAUGGCUCGACGUCUUCAAGAAAUGGAGAAUAAAGUCAUCGAUAUGCAAUUCUCUCAACGAAGAGCAUUCGAUCGCUUGGACGGAUUGGCGAGCAAAUCCAAUGAAUAUGGUCACAAGAUCGAUACGAUGGAUGACACUCUUGGCAGACAGCAGAAAGCCAGAAUUGAUGCAGAAAAGGAUCUUCGAGCAUCUUCUUCUGCUGCCAUGUCUGGUCUCCGCACGGAACUCUCCAAUAUGAUUGCCUCAAUCAGCCAAGUCGACACUGGCGUAUUCGAUGGACGAAUUAAAGGCCUCGAGAAUCGUUUGAUUGCUGCUGAGUCCGGUGUCAAAGACGCCGUCGACACCAGUAAACAGGCCGUCACUAUCGCCAACUCCAAGGGUUCUGCUGUGUCCAGUGGUAGCCGAUGGUGGGGUGGUAAUAGUGACGGAAAGUCGCUGACUAUCAAGUCAACUGAUGGUCAAGAUGUCACUGGACUCAUUGGUAACCUCGUCGAACUUGCUGUGCAACGUUGGGGCAAGGAUGAUAUUGCCAAGGCCGAUUAUGCUGGUUAUUUCUCAGGAGCACGAGUGAUUCCUCAAUUGACCACCCAAACAUACAAAAUCGAAGAUAGGUCGUUCUGGGGUAGAUGGGGAAUGUUUGGCUCGAGUGCGACAGAGGGUCGUCCUCCUGUCACAGCUCUUCACCCCGAUAUCCAUGUUGGUAACUGCUGGCCUUUCAAGGGUUCAUCAGGUCAAAUUGGUGUCAUGCUUUCCCGAUCUGUCAUAAUCUCCGAGGUCACUAUUGAUCAUGCCGCUAAGGAGGUGGCAUUUGAUGUCCGGUCUGCUCCCAAGAAGAUGGAACUCUGGGGACUCGUGGACGGCGCUGAAAAUGUCAAGAAGGUCGCUGAAUAUCACCGACGACGAGAACAACAUUACCGUGACCUUGUCAAUGCCGCGAACAGGGAAGGUCGCACCCCACCAUCUCCUGAGGAUCCCUAUCCCUCAACUUUGCCUCCAGAUGCUCAUUAUCUCCGCCUCGCGCAGUUUACGUAUGAUGUUCAUGCCCCCUCGCACAUCCAAACGUUCUCAGUGCCACAGGAGAUCCAAGAUCUGGGCGUCGACAUUGGUAUCGUCGUUCUAAUGGUUAGGAGCAACUGGGGAGAGCCAAACUGGACAUGCCUGUAUCGACUUCGCGUCCAUGGGCACGAUCCCGAUCAACGGCCUUAUCCCCAAGGCGAGAUUGACGAAUAG